UAUUAUUGUCUAUGGCGCUAUUAGUAAAUGUAAAUAAUAAAAUAAUACAUCAGCUUGUGUAUUUUCGUUGUUUGAAAAUCAGAAAUUUCCGUUUGCUUUAAAUGGCUAAAGCGUUGCCGCUCAUCAGUUGUGACUCUUGGGCCGAUAGCAUAAAUGAGGAAGAUGUGGAGCCCAAAUUUAAGUAUCACCGUCUCGCAAAUGAUUUAAAAUACAUGCUCAACGCUGAUGUCAUCACUUGUAGCGCUGUACACUUAAAGUUUCUUAUAUUUGGAACUUUCCGAGGACGUGUUUGUAUAUUUGACCAUCAAGGAAACUCAGUCUACUCAAAUCUUAGCGCUAGCGAACGUCACACUCACCAAGUGGCAGUAAACAAUAUAGAUGUAGAUCAUAAGGGCGAGUAUGUGGCCACAUGCUCCGACGACGGAAAAGUUAACAUAACGGGAUUGUUUAGCUCUGAUAACAAUCACAGUCUCAGCUUUGGCAAAUUUAUAAAGGUCGUAUCACUGGAGCCCGAUUCCAAAGCUCACAUUAAAAGAUUUGUAGUGGGCGACGACAAACUUAUCUUGUACGAGCGAAACUUGCUAAAGAAGCUUAAACCAGUUGAACUGUGCUCAGUCGAAGGCAGUGUUUUGUCAAUCUGCUGGCAUGGCAACUUUAUUGCCUGGGCAAGUCACAUAGGAGUUCGAGUCUACGAUUUAAACGAAAGAUGCUCACUUGGAUUAAUAAAGUGGGAGGUUCCUCCUCAGGAGCGAUUAGAAAAUUUUCGAUGCCACCUUCGUUGGUCCAACAAGCAUACAUUAUUAAUUGGCUGGGUAGACACUAUUCGAGUUUGCGUAAUUCGAAAGAGAAAUUCAAUCGAAGCUUCAACUGGCAAUCUGCCUGUCUACAUUGUGGAUCCAAUCUCGACAUUUCAAACAACUUUCUACGUAUGUGGGCUUGCACCAUUAUCUGCAAAGCAAUUGGUUGUUCUUGGCUUUCGCAAGGAAAAAAGCUCUUGUUUUAAAGCCCUACGACCUGUAUUAUGCGUUAUUGAAUACAAAAUGAAUAAUAGCGAGGAAAUCUGCACAGACAGUUUAACUUUACGCGGCUUUGAGGAGUACACCGUGAAUGACUAUAGUCUGGGUGGCAUAAUCGAGGAGAAUCGCUUUUAUAUUGUGGCCCCAAAGGAUAUUGUGGUAGCUAGUCUUAUUGAAACAGAUGAUCGUAUAGAAUGGUUGAUUAAACACAGUAAAUUUGAGGAGGCAAUGGAACUUAUAUCUGCGAAUGGAGGUAACGUUCCCGUACUUUCCGUUGCUAAACUUUAUAUCAACCAUUUACUGGCGCUUAAGAAGUAUGAUGACGCAGCAAAACUUUGCCUCCGCAUGCUAGGCAAUGACAAAGUCCUUUGGGAAGAGGAAGUUUUUAAGUUUGUAAAGUGUCAGCAGCUACGAUCAGUUAGCGCCUAUCUGCCGACUUCAGACGAAUGCAAACUUGAUCCCCAUGUAUACGAAAUGGUUUUAUACGAGUUUCUCAAAUUUGAUGUAUGUGGUUUCCUGAAUCUUAUCAAGGAAUGGCCAUCUCAUCUUUAUGACGGCCUGGCUGUUAUUAACGCUAUUCACGAUAACUUUCGAAAGCACUAUGCCAAUCAGUUGCUGGAAUCAUUGGCUCUUUUGUAUUCCUAUCAAGGCGACUUCGAAAGUGCUCUUCGCAUGUAUUUAAAGUUGCAGAACAAGGAUGUCUUCCAAUUAAUUCGACGGUAUGAGCUUUACGAUGUCAUUUCAAAACUGAUUAUUCCACUUAUUCAAUUGGAUCGUGACUGCGCCUUUGAAAUACUACUUGACAAGAAAAAAAUAAAGACUGAGAUAGUUGUCCACCAGCUAGAGCACAAUCAAGAGUACCUGUACUGGUACUUAGAUUCUUUACUUAAAAAGGAUCCCAGUAAUGUGUUUCAAAAAAAACUUAUCUCCUUAUAUGCCAUUUUCGAUCGAAACAAACUAUUGCCCUUUCUAAAGCGUUCAAAGGACUAUGACAUUCAGGAGGCGUUGGUCAUAUGCAAACAGGAAAACUUUUAUCCAGAAAUAGUCUACCUGCUCGGGUGUAUGGGUGGCGUAGAAGCGUCCGAAGCACUUAAUAUUAUUAUUCAUCGCAUCAGAGACAUAGAAAUGGCCAUAGAGUUUUGCAAGGAGCACGAUGACAGCGAUCUUUGGAAUGCACUUAUAAAUGAAUUUAGCAAGCACCCUGAAAUUGUGACCAAAGUUUUGGACGGCAUAGUUGACUACUUUAGCCCAGCGGUGGUUGUUGGAAAGAUCAAAAUGGGACAGAACAUUCCAAAUCUUCGACAAUCACUUAUAAAAAUGCUGCGCCACUACAAUCUUCAAGGUGAAAUUUUAUCCUCCGCCCAACAAAUUCAACUUAAUGACUAUUUUGAAAUUCACUCGGAGAUAGUCACCACGCAAAGACGAGGUCAGCAGGUUUCCUACGAACAACUAUGCUCAUUGUGCCACCGUCCAGUACUGAUGGCAGGCACACACUUGUAUUGUAUAAUCAGGUUAGAGUGUGGUCAUGUAUACCAUAAACCGUGCAUACAAGGUGAAUUGCUUAAAAAUUGCAACGAGUGUAACCUUUGGAAGUUAACCGUGGGGAAAUAGGUUUAUAGCGACAUCAUAACUGUUACCCCGGCGUCCUGUUAGGGGAAUUAAGAAUAAAUAAACUUUAUAGCUUAAUUUCUUACGCCCAAUGUUUUCAAACGUAUAUUGCCUAAAUGAGUUAAACGAUUUCUUUUAAAUUUCAUAUUCUCUUAACAAUUAAAUUCCAUAACUAUUGAUAAUUAAAUCUUUUUCACUAAUAAGCUUAGUUUCAGCUAUUUUUUGUUAACUGUUCCAUUUUAAGAAUGCCGGAUGGACAAGUAAAUAUUAUAGUACAGCAAGCGAGCGAAGGAGGUGUGCUGAGUUAAAGAACAAAAGACCUUGAACUUUUUUUGCGCGGUGGUGGCGAUAUCAUUAAGUAUAAUCGUUACUUGUGGCAGUUAAAUAAUUGAGGUCAUAUUUGGUUUAACAUAUCGAUGGAUAUAAUAUAUCAUUGAAAUAUGAAAUAUUUGAAAAAAGGAAAUUCUUUUCAAAAGUGUAAGCGUUUUGGCGUUGUGGACGUGGGAGUCUACAGUCUUUUUGGAUUCGAAACCAUUCCUUCUACCUGGUACAUCUUUUUUAACGAUUCUGCUGUUUUUUUUUUUUUUAACGCGUUACUUAAGUUUGUGCGUUCUAAUGCGGCGGUAUAACUGAACCUGAAGAAGUCGCCAAUUUAAUUUAUAUUCUUGCAUAUCUACAAACUUCUGCCUGGAAAAUUUUGGGGUCAACUCAAAUUUCUGGGACUUGUUAGACCUCGGGUAGCUACAGACUUUUCCACAUUGACAUUGGGUCUGUACAGACUCUUACUUGCUUGACUUUCGGAUCUCCAAUAACAUCUUCAAGCUUGUGGAAUAUCUGGUAUACAGAUUUUGGAUUUUAGGAGCCCUCCAUGUUUGUAGCAAAUAUUUGCAAAUAAUAUCAAGAGCUUAACUAAUUGGCACAUCCUCGCCUCCAAUUAUUAUCCACUUAUACUCAUUUCCCACAUCCAGCGGCUUAAUCCCAAGCAGUACAGUAAGGACACCGGGAAAAGGAUUUUCCACACAGUCGUUGUGUGGUGUGAAAUACUCGUGGACAAUAGCAUCUUGUGGCCAAUACGACAUACUGUUUUACUUGCUGGACACGAAUUUGAAUUUUUUCGCGCAGUUGCCAAUGGAGGUAAACGAAUUCCAGGAGCAACACCACAGCCCCAGGGCUUUCGCCCUGAAGUAGUUGGCCCUAGACGUGAACGGACUGGGGAGUCUUUGGUUCUGGGAAGAGGUUCGGUUCAACCGCACGGACUAUAGCCACAAUAACAUCCUUGGUCUCAUUCGAUCCGGCUGGUGGUCCGUUGGCAGAGCCGACAUGGCCCUGCCGCAUCAGAAGGGACAGUGGAGUCUUUGGUUAGCAAAGGUUGUUCUGGACCGAGCUUUGGUUAAACUUCACGGACGAUACAGCGCCAUCAUAACAUUCUAGGGCCUGUCGUGGUCAGAAAAGACAGUGGAGUCUUUGAUUUGCAAAGGUGGUUCUGUGAAGAGCUUAAGCUUGACCUAACGUCGAUACUCCUCCGCCACCAUAAUAUCCUAAGUCCCAUUCGGCCCGGCACGAGGUCCGCUGUCAAGAAUGUCGCGGGACAAAAAAGGAGGAGUAACACCGCGCAGAAGACGGCAAGGACUGUAAGAGUCCAUUUUCGAGUGGUCUUUUAAUAAAGCUAAUUUAAUCUGAAACCCUGUAUUCUUCAUGGUCAACCAAUCACACAAAACAUUUUGUGGGACGAACAAUCAAACUCUCUGAUCUACCCGGCGCAAUUCGUAGCCACCAGAAUAAAUGAAAACAGUUUCUUACAAUAGCAAUUUCUCUUGUUUUUGACUAUGAAUUAUAAAGUGUUUUAUCUUUUGGUUUCGGAAUGUUACUUCUCGAUCAAAUCCUACGUUUUUUAGCUGAUAAGUGGACUGAGAAAGUGGUUGUAGCACCAAAAGACAUCUUACUUAUUGAAUCUAUUUGUUUCCACCUUCUACCCAGAUCAAUUGUCUAUUUAUUAAUGAGGGGUAGGUAAGUACAAUCCUCAUUUUGGACUCUCCCUAUCAAUGGUCUGUGAAUGUUCUUACAGUAAGUAACUCUCUUGAAUUUCUUAUCCAAGCUUGUGCCUUAACCACCUUCCACUUUACUAUGGCUCCAAUCACUGCAAUCAAUUCGAGCUUAUAAAGGCGAUACAAUUUCCUGGGCCUACAACUCAUUUAGAACACUGUAUUUCACUAGUGGAUCGAUGUGCGUUCGUGACCUCGCUUUUUUUUAGUGGAUGACUUGGUAAAUCAUUUGCCCGUUUUCUUUUUGUCCCACUAGGCUUCCAUUCCCUAUUGACGGUUUACGGAAGUAUUUUUUUGUAAUCGAAUAGUUGAAGUUUAUUUACCCCUGCAGUAAUUAUACAUAUAAAAACGUUAUAAUCAAAUUCCAUUAUUUAAUUUCCAUACUGUUCAUAUCGCAUUUAUACGACAUAUGGCAUAGUAAUAGCCGAUUCGAUUUGGCAUGGUAUAAACGAUCUUAUCUUAGGAACCAUAAAAGCUAGAAUGUUAAUAUUAAGCAUGCAAGUUAUCCAACCCAUAAACAUAGCACCCUUCCACAGUUUAUAAACAAAUUUCAAUUCUCAAUCUCGUCGGCAUUUCCUUUGUCUUUGUUUUUGUCAUUGCCUUUGCCAGCGCUUAGUUACCCGCUAAAAUAAAUAACCCAAACUUAACGU